AUGACCGCGUGCACUCUCCCAGCGGGUGGACUCCCCGCCGCCCGGCUCUGCGCCCCUGAGCUACUGUCCCCGCUGGGUCUCCCACGGGUCCUACCCUGGCCAGGGCCUCAGCUGCCGGGACUGCUGCUCCUGCUGCUCCUCCCGCCGCCCGCUGCCCUUUCCAUCGUGUUCAAAGUAGGAGUGCUGGGCCCAUGGGCAUGCGACCCCAUCUUUGCCCGAGCCCUCCCGGAGCUGGCUGCGCGCCUGGCCGCCGACCGCCUGAACCGUGACCUUGCCCUGCAAGGCGGCCAGCGUUUCGAGGUCGUGCUGCUUGCUGAGCCCUGCCUGACCCCGGGCUCCCUGGGGGCUGUAUCCUCCGCGCUGGCCCGAGUGUCGGGCCUGGUGGGCCCGGUGAACCCUGCAGCCUGCAGGCCAGCGGAGCUACUAGCCCAAGAGGCUGGGGUCGCGCUGGUGCCCUGGGGCUGUCCCGGGACGUGGGCGGCGGGCACCACGGCCCCUGCUGUGACCCCCGCAGCGGAUGCUCUCUACGUCCUCCUUCGAGCUUUCCGCUGGGCGCGCGUGGCGCUGGUCACCGCGCCCCAGGACCUGUGGGUGGAGGCGGGACUCGCUCUGUCCACAGAACUCAGGGCUCGGGGCCUGCCAGUCGCCCUGGUGACCUCCAUGGAGCCCUCGGACCUGUCUGGAGCUCGGGAGGCCCUCAGGAGGGUCCAGGACGGGCCUAGAGUUAGAGUAGUGAUCAUGGUGAUGCACUCAGUGCUGCUGGGCGGUGAGGAGCAGCGCUACCUACUGGAAGCUGCAGAAGAGCUAGGCCUGGCCGAUGGCUCCCUGGUCUUCCUGCCCUUCGACACGCUCCACUAUGCGUUGUCUCCAGGCCCAGAGACCUUGGGCGCACUUGCCAACAGCUCCCAGCUUCGCAGGGCUCAUGAUGCAGUGCUCACUCUCACGCGUCACUGUCCUCGGGGAGGCAGCGUUCUGGAUAGUCUGCGCAGGGCCCAAGAGCACCAAGAGCUGCCCUCAGACCUCAACCUGCAGCAGGUCUCUCCAUUGUUCGGCACCAUUUAUGAUGCUGUCUUCUUACUGGCCCGAGGCAAGAUGGAGAUGGGAGCACCAGCAGCAGCAGGUGGCAGCUGGGUGUCAGGAGCAUCUGUAGCCCAACAAGUGCAGGAUACCCAAGUCUCUGGCUUCUGCGGGGCCCUGGGAAGAACCGAGGAGCCCUCCUUUGUGCUGUUAGACACAGAUGCAGCAGGCGACAGAUUGUUCACCACACACCUACUGGAUCCUCUCCAGGGCUCUCUGCGCUCCUCUGGGACCCCAGUGCACUUCCCUCUUGGUGGACCUCCACCAGGACCAGAUCCCUCCUGCUGGUUCGAUCCUGGUGUGAUCUGCAACGGAGGAGUGGAGCCAGGCCUGGUCUUUGUUGGCUUCCUCCUGGUGGUGGGGAUGGGGUUGACUGGAGCCUUCCUGGCCCAUUACUUGAGGCACCGGCUUCUUCACAUCCAAAUGGUCUCUGGCCCCAACAAGAUCAUCCUGACUAUAGAUGACAUCACUUUCCUCCACCCACAGGGAGGCAGCUCUCGAAAGGUGGUCCAGGGAAGUAGAGCAAGUCUGGCUACCGGAAGCACAUCAGACAUUCACAGUGUCCCCAACCAGCCCUCAGAAAGCACCAACAUUGGUCUCUAUGAGGGAGACUGGGUUUGGUUGAAGAAGUUUCCAGGGGAUCAUCAUAUAGCUAUCCGCCCAGCGACCAAGACAGCCUUCUCCAAGCUCCGGGAGCUCAGGCAUGAGAAUGUGGCUCUCUACCUGGGGCUGUUCCUGACAGGGACAGCAGACAGCUCUGCCGCCCCUGGGGAGAGCAUCUUGGCUGUGGUCUCAGAGCACUGUGCUCGGGGCUCCCUCCACGACCUCCUCGCGCAAAGACACAUAAAGCUGGAUUGGAUGUUCAAAUCUUCCCUCCUGCUGGACCUCAUCAAGGGAAUGAGAUAUCUGCACCAUCGCGGCGUGGCACACGGGAGGCUUAAAUCACGAAACUGCGUGGUGGAUGGGAGGUUCGUGCUCAAGGUGACGGACCACGGCCAUGGGCGACUACUGGAAGCGCAGAGAGUGUUGCCCGAGCCUCCCAGUGCGGAGGAUCAGCUCUGGACAGCCCCGGAGCUGCUUCGGGACCCAGCCCUGGAGCGCCGGGGAACUCUAGCGGGCGAUGUCUUCAGCCUGGGCAUUAUCAUGCAAGAGGUCGUGUGCCGCUGCCCUCCUUAUGCCAUGCUGGAGCUGACGCCUGAUGAAGUGAUACAUAGGGUGCAGAUUCCCCCUCCACUAUGUCGGCCCUCGGUGUCCGUGGACCAGGCACCCAUAGAGUGCAUCCAGCUGAUGACACAGUGCUGGGCAGAGCAGCCGGAACUUCGGCCCUCCAUGGACAGCACCUUUGAACUGUUCAAGAGUAUCAACAAGGGCCGGAAGAUGAACAUCAUUGACUCCAUGCUUCGGAUGCUGGAGCAAUACUCUAGUAACCUGGAGGAUCUGAUCCGGGAACGCACAGAGGAGCUAGAGCUAGAAAAGCAAAAGACAGACCGGCUGCUCACACAGAUGCUGCCUCCAUCUGUGGCCAAGGCCUUGAAGAUGGGAACAUCUGUAGAACCUGAGUACUUUGAAGAAGUGACACUAUAUUUCAGUGACAUUGUAGGCUUCACCACCAUUUCAGCCAUGAGUGAGCCCAUUGAGGUGGUGGAUCUGCUCAAUGACCUCUAUACCCUCUUCGAUGCCAUCAUUGGUGCCCAUGAUGUCUAUAAGGUGGAAACAAUUGGCGAUGCCUAUAUGGUGGCCUCUGGGCUGCCACAGAGGAAUGGGCAGCGGCAUGCAGCAGAGAUUGCUAACAUGGCACUGGACAUCCUCAGUGCCGCGGGCUUCUUCCGCAUGCGCCAUAUGCCUGAGGUACCAGUGCGCAUCCGCAUUGGCCUGCAUUCAGGCCCGUGUGUGGCUGGCGUGGUGGGCCUCACCAUGCCCCGAUACUGCCUAUUUGGGGAUACAGUCAACACUGCUUCACGCAUGGAGUCCACUGCGCUGCCUUACCGAAUCCACGUGAAUAUGAGCACCGUGCGGAUUCUUUGUGCUCUGGACCAGGGCUUCCAGAUGGAGCUGCGAGGCCGCACGGAGCUGAAGGGCAAGGGUGCUGAAGACACGUACUGGCUUGUGGGCAGAAUCGGCUUCAACAAGCCCAUCCCCAAACCACCUGAUCUGCAACCUGGGGCCAGCAACCACGGCAUCAGUCUGCAGGAAAUUCCCCCUGAGCGGCGCCACAAGUUGAAGAAAGCUAGACCCGGCCAAUUCUCUGGGAAGUGAAGCUCUCCUGGGGACAAAUGCUGUGUCUCCCCUCAGACUCUGGGGCCACUCACCUCUGGCCGUGCUUCCUAGGACCCCAGUGCUUCCUCGACAGCCUGAGGACCAGAAGCUGCCUGCAGAAUGCUCCA